UUCAAGAUGGCGGACAAGAAGAACUUUUACGAAGUUCUUGGGGUUACUCAAGAAAGCAGCGAUAGAGAGAUAACAAAAGCUUAUCGCAAGAAAGCGCUUAUUUGCCAUCCCGACAAGAACCCAGAUGAUCCCAAAGCAGCUGCAACGUUUCAUGAGCUGACCAAAGCAUUUGAAGUCCUGACUGAUCCCAAAGCUAGAGCUGCUUUGGAUGCUUCUCUGAAAGCCAAAGAAAGACAAAGGYUAAGAAACCAAGCGCUUGAUGCCAAGAGAAAGAAAUUUAAGUUAGACUUGGAACAACAGGAAAGUGCUGCCAGAAGUGAAACUGAAAGCAAAGAGACAGCAGAGAAAAGGUUGAGAGCAGAGAUUGAAAGACUACGCGAGGAGGGGACACAACUAUUAAAAGAACAGCAAGAAAUAAUGAAAUCAAAAGAAAAGACAGAGCAAUUUCCACAAUAUGACCAUACUCCAAAACUGAAGGUCAAGUGGAAAUCUAAAAAGAAUGAUGAAAAUAAUGGAGGAUAUAACACAGAAUUCUUAACUAAAUUAUUUCAAAAGUAUGGUGAAGUCACUCAUGUUAUAGUAUCCAGUAAAAAGWUGGGAAGUGCUAUCAUAGAGUUUACAAGCGUAAAAAAUGCAAAAAUGGCUCUAAUGAAUGAGUUUGGUAACACAGAUAAUCCUCUCAACAUUUCUUGGCUUGARGACCCAACACAGUGUAGCUCUACUCAGAGUACACCAAGUCUCUCUGUAGAAACAAUGUCAUCACCAGUCAUAUCAACUAACAGUACUGUAUCAGACAGAGACUAUGAAAGUGUAACUCUUAUGAGACUACGACAAGCUCAAGAACGAAAAAGAAUAAUAGAAGAAAUGCAAAAUGAAGAUGAAAAUGAUUGAAAUAAAUUGAAUUGAUAGCUUCAUGAUUUGAAAGUGGACAGUGGUAAUACUGCUGACAGAUAUAAACACACCCACCUCUAACAAUCAACAUGUUUGUGGCUUGUCUCUUUACUCUAUGAUUGUACUUCUGACAGAUAUAAACACACCCUCCUCUAACAAUCAACAUGUUUGUAGCUUGUCUCUUUACUCCAUCAUUAAGACCAAAUGAUUGUUAGCUCUAUAAAAUAGAUCAGUUUUAUGGAUGAAGUAUGAGAAUGCAGGAAAGAUGUCUCAGUCAUUGGCGUGAUUUGGCAAGUUUCUGUCCAUGAUUCAUGCCUGGUAUUUAAUCAAUAUGCACACAUAGAUUUCAAGAUAUUUAUUGUGUAAUGUGAACAGAUUCUCCUGCCAACAAAAGAAUAGUUGUAUGUCUGCAUUACUGCACAAAUAUAUAAAGUACUACAGCUUUUUUAUAUCUAGUUAUAGCUGCAGAUCAACUAUUGUUACACGUGAAUUAUUGAAUAUUUUCCACACCAUUGCUCAUUAAGGAGUCUGAUUAUAAUAUUUAGUUAUAACUAAUACAAUUUAUAAGAACAAGUUUUCAUGAUAGCAAAUAUUAAAAAAUAUAAAUUCAA